UCAGCGUUAUUAUUUUUUUCAUCUCUUUGGAAAGGUGAGAGUAGUAACUGCUUCUUUUAUUUUCUCCGGACCUUCCGUUCUUUUCUCUGAACAUUUCAAUGAGACCCAAUGAAGCAGUGGAAGCAUCCGCCUUGGCGGUGCGCUUGGACGAAUGGAAGCGGCGGGCGGCCGAGUGCAUCGACGAGUCGUCGGAGCGCCUGGGCGAGCUAAGCCGGGAGAUCUGGAGCCGCCCGGAGCUGGCAUACGAGGAGCACCAGGCUCACGCCGCCCUGACGCGCUUCUUCGCCAGCCUUUCCGCGUCGUCCUCGUCGGGCGCCUGGUCGGUGCAGCGCAGCUACAAGCUGGAGACGGCCUUCCGGGCGGACUGGAAGUGGGAUGGGGCGUCCUGCUGUCCUGCUGAAACGAGCCAGGCUCCCCCGCAGCCGCCGCCUCUUCGCCUGGCCUUCCUGUGCGAGUACGACGCCCUGCCCGCCAUUGGGCACGCUUGCGGGCACAACCUCAUCGCCGAAGUAGGCGCCGCCGCCGCGCUGGGCCUGAAGGGCGCCCUGGAGAGCCUUCGCCAGAGCCCCGCAGGCUUCCCUCGCCAGGCGCCCGCUGUUAAGGUCACAGUGCUGGGCACACCUGCUGAAGAAGAUGGAGGAGGCAAAAUAGAUUUAAUUAAAGCUGGAGUUUUUGAUAGCCUAGAUGUUGUUUUUAUGGCUCAUCCAUCUCAAGAAGACGCAGCUUAUUUGCCUGAUAUUGCAGAACAUGAUGUGACUGUGAAAUACUAUGGAAAAGCUUCUCAUGCUGCUGCUUACCCUUGGGAAGGAGUAAAUGCAUUAGAUGCUGCUGUUCUUGCAUACAACAAUCUGUCACUUUUAAGACAGCAAAUGAAACCAACAUGGAGAGUUCAUGGUAUAAUAAAGAAUGGAGGUGUGAAACCUAAUAUCAUCCCUUCUUAUGCUGAAUUAGAAUUUUACUUGCGUGCUCCUUCCUUAAGGGAACUCUCUACCUUGAAGGAAAAAGCAGAGAAUUGUUUUAAAGCUGCAGCUCUAGCCACUGGGUGUGAAGUGGAAUUACAAGAUGCAGCAAAUGAUUUCUACAAUGUGCUUCCUAAUAAGAUGCUAACAAAAAUUUACAAAGAAAAUGGCAAGAAGCUUGGCAUUGACUUCAUUUCUGAUGAAAAUGUAAAUGAGUUGACAGGUUCUACUGACUUUGGAAAUGUUAGCUAUGUGGUUCCUGGGAUUCACCCCUAUUUUUACAUUGGUUCUGAUGCAUUGAACCAUACUGAGCAGUAUACAACAGCUGCAGGAUCAGAAGAAGCUCAGUUCUAUGCCUUGAGAACAGCUAAAGCUUUAGCUAUGACUGCCUUGGAUGUUAUUUUCAAGCCAGAUGUGUUGGAAAAAGUUAGAGAAGAUUUCAGGCUAAUGAAACUGAAAGAAGAAAGUCGUUUGAAUAUUCCUGGAAAUGCAAAAGGAUCAGGUAUUGGUAUUGGAGCAGAAUGUGCAUCACACUGAAGUAAUGCAGUAUAUUACAACAUUAAAAAACUCUACAGAAAGUCCAAGAUUGUUCUACUUCUAGGAAAUAUUUUUAAUAAUUGGAAAGAUACUGAAAUCUCCGUGUAUUUUUUUAAAUUAUAUUUUUGUCUAAAAUCAUGCCAUUUGUCUUAAUCUCAGACAAAAUUACAUGGCAUAAUUCUAAUUAAACAUAAGCUGUAUCUUAGACUUUUGAACUGUUGCAAGUGCUAGUCUGAUGUUUUUUUAAAAAUAUGAGGUUAUUUUUGACUUCUGGGGAAAUAGUGGUGGACUGAAGGCGGCUCUGCAGAGAAUGGAGCUGACGGCCUUGCGGAAAGAGGAGUCAGUGAAUGGAUCGGCUCCCUGAAGUCCUCUCUGGAUCCAGGAGAGGACCAGGAUCACCCACAACCACUACUUACAGAGGCCCCUCACGAGUAAAACAGCAGUCUCCGGUAGGUUUCAGAGCUCUAGGAGCUGAGUGAAAGUCCUCUUUGCCCAAGCUGUGGUUCAGGGCUUUCAAACAGACAGUUCACCCACUUCCUCUCUUAAUCACUUCUGGAGAUGGCUUGUUAACUGCUUUUUGGAUAUUAAGAACCUUCAGAUCAACAAGUUUCAUCACACCAAGUGAUUCUCCUUCAAUCCUCAGCGAAAGAAGUUUCAUAUAAGUUUAAGAACUGAAAGGAAUUUUUUUUAUUCUGAAAUAAACAGCAAAAGGCUGAUUAGAAUGUUGAAUUUGGAAAAUUACAGACUAAGGGGCAGAUUGGAAAUAAGAUUUUGAAAUUAAUUAUAAGAAUCCUUCCUGUGGGUUGUUUAAAAUCCUAUUUAAAAUAUAUGAAGUUUUUGAACCUAAGUGUAUGAAAUAUUCCUGUGGGAAAAUGUUGUGGAUUAGAGAAAAACAUGAUAAGAGGAGACUUCGAAGGUUGGUCACCAGAGGCAACCAGAAAGAACUAAAGAUAAUUAAAGGAGAAGAGACCCACUAAUACAGAAUGGAGAAAAGUAUUUUAACUCUGGAACAAUUCAAGGAUAUUUGGCAACAAUGCACCCAGAAAUUUCUUUUUAAGAUUGUCUGCUGCCAUAAAAAUGGAUUUAAAAGAGAUAGAAGAGGAUAUAACUGAGAAUCAAACUGUUUUGGAUAUGGAUUUAAAAAUGACGGGCUACAAGAAUGAUAUGGAAAAAGAUGUUAUACAGUGUAAGGUUCUGACACAAUUGACUCAAUAAUGACCUGACUCAUGCAUUCAUAUAAAAUGCAGAUUUCAGAUUUAUUGUAGAUGUGUACAGAAUGAAAGCAAAAAGCCAUGACUAAAGAUUCCUGUGCAAACUAAUUAAAAGCACACAGGCAAGCCAGAACCCUGCUCCACAUUCCUUCCCCCCUUCCACCAACAGUCCAGCAUUCCAAGUCCGACCAUCUCUGACUGAUACGACCUUGAACACCAUCAUUAGACAAAACAGUAUUCUUUCCCACUAUCAGCAAAUCUCCCCCUCCCAUCCAAGGCUUGACAUGCGUUGACUCUGAUGGCAGGGAACACGAUCAAACGAUCUACCAGUUCUUUGAUCAUGGGUUCUGACACACAGGACUUACAAAUAAAACCAGUUGAUGCCUGAAUAACUAAAAGGGACACGCAAAUAAUGUAUCGGAAGAGUGACUUGGACAACUUUCUUAUCUUGGACUUAAAAAAAUGAUGUGUUAUACUUAUGAAGGAGUUCCUAAAAAAAGAUAAAGAGAACAUGAAAGAAAUCAGCUUUUGGGACACUAUUUAAUAUAAACAUCAGGAUUUUUAAAAGCAAAAAGAAGGCGUAUAAACUUGGUGUAUUUGAUCAAGGUUAAAAUAUAUGUUUUUUUCCAGUAGCUCUUAAUGGGUUUUUCUUGACCAAGACUGAAUGACGAGGCUUUAAUGAUUUGUUUAUACUGUAGAUAAGAUAUGGGAAGAUACUUUUUUUUUGUAUUUUUAAAGAAAGUGAUAAACUAUGGAGUUAAAAUUGAAGGAAAGGAUUACAAAGUUGGCUUAUUUGAUUAAGGUUAAAAUAUAGAUGUUAUUUCUGGUAUGUGUUAAACUUGUGAAGGAGUUCCUGAGAGGAGAUGAAGAGAAAAUGAUAAAUUAACUCGGACACUAUUUUAAGGGAUUAAUGAUUAAGAUUUUUAAUGUGUUGUUGCUUUUGGUAGCUCUUAAUGAAAUUUUUCUUGAUGAAGUUCGAAUGACAAGGCUUAAAGAUUUGUUAUAGAUAAGAGAUAAGAUAUGGGAAGAGGUUUUUUCAUUGUAUAUUUAGAGAAAAUACGUUACUCUGUAAAGGAAUAUGAAAUAGAUUUGUUUGAGGUUAAAUAUA